GUGUGUUCGAGAGGAACCAAAGGGAGAGGAGAGACGGAGUGGGAGCCACAGGGUGAGGAGGACAGAGACGAAGAAGGAGUACGAGAAAGACAUUUUUGUGGGAUCUCUGCCUGACCCCCACAGCCUCCAGGAUGUUUAGGAAAAAGGGCAAGGACUCGUCCAAGAGCUCGGGCAAGCUCAGCAAGGCCCAGGCCAGCAGUCUGGCCUUGCUGAUUGCCCAGAUGCAAAAGAAUGCCGACACAGUGGAAAAAGACAUCCUCCGGUCUGAGGAGCUCCUCGCUGUGGAUGCUGAAAAUGACAAGAAAGAUCUACCCCUCCAGCACCAGAAUGAGAUAUCAGACAAGCUGGGCGAGGCUGAGGGCCUCCUGAAGGACCUGUUCCUGGACGUCGACAAAGCCAAGAAGUACCAACACCACCAGGCCAGAGAGAUAGAGAGCGAUGUCCUCCACCUUCAUGAGCGCUGGUUGACAGACUGUGCCUUCUACCGAGACAUCUACGAGCAGAUUGACGACGUGUCGCUGAUGCCCAGAAUCAGCUGGGGGCCUAUUUUCAACCACAAGCAAAAACAAGUGAACUCGGAGGAGUACGGCCCCACCAUGGAGGACCUGGAGAAGCAGGUUGCUACACACAAUAUCCUGCACAAAGAGGUUGAGGCCUACAACUCGCAGCUCUGUGUCAGCUCUGCAGGAAGCAAGGACCAAUAUGUAGCCCUGAAGAAGCAGUACAACAAUCUACUGGAAAACUCCAAGUGGCGUCGCCACUACCUGAAAAGUCUGUAUGAAUACAUGCACGGCUGCGACAAGGAACUGUCGUUCCUGAAAGAUGAACAAGAUAAGAUCAAAAAGCAGGACUGGAGUGACCGCAUGAUGGACCCACCUGACGUCCGCCGGACAUAUGAGAACUUCAAGAACAACAACCUGCUGUCCCACGAGAGUGAGGUGAACAAACUCCAGGACGAAGGAGACAGACUUAUUGGACUGAAACACCCUGCCAGUGACACAAUAGAGGCUCAGAAAGAUGCUGUUAGAAACGAGUGGCAGAAAUUCCUUAAUCUCUGCAUUUGUCAAGAGACACAGCUGGACAACGUGGAGGAAUACAAGAGGUACCAAAUGGAGGCUGAGCAGCUGUCAGAGUCGCUGACCAAACUAAACAGCAGCCUGGAUCCCAAGUCCCUCAGCAAGAUGGGCAAUGCAGAGACACUGCUGCAGCUCGAGGUCGAGGAUAACGAUGUACAGACGAGCGAACAGCAGCUCGCAGACCUGAGGAAACGCAGCACCACCAUCGCCCCUCUGAAGCUACGACGUAAUGCCCCCAACAGACCCAUCACUGUGGAGUCCCUGUGUGACUGGGAGACAGAUGAGGAUUCUCUGGAAAGAGGUGAAAAGUUCACCCUAAAAUCUAACUCAUCUGAGAACUGGGACGUUAUUUCAACUAAUGGGGCCACAAAAACCUUCCCGGGAGUUUGCUUCCAGAUCCCUCCACCUGAUACAGAGGCCAUUGACAAAGUGGACCUGUUGGGUCGUGAACUGGCAGACAUCAAGAAGAGGAGAGCUGCUCUGGUGGCAUCCCUGAAGAACCACAAAGCCGAGGUCUCCAGAGCCCAGCAAGCAGCCCCAGUUUCAUCUGGCCCAGUGGAUCCCAAAGUGAGCGCCCCUAAGCAGCUGGACAAGCUGGACAAUGACCUGGCCAAAGCCGAGGAAAGCAUGCUGAAUCGCCUGCGAGCCCCACUGAACCCCAACGAUCCAGCUGGAGAUCUGGCCAAGAGGCUGAGGGAACAGGAGGAAGCUAACAGGGCUCUGAAGGCUCUGGAGCAGCAGAGGCAGGCAGCUCAGGCCGAACUGCAGCCCCUGCUGGCCAAAGACCCCAACAGUUCUGCACUGGCCAACAAGAACAACAACAUUGCAGAACUUGCUGACCUUUACACCAAGAAAGCAAAUGCAUCUCUUAAUCUGGAGAACCAGAUUAAGAAGGUGGACGGCCUCGUCUCUGGGUUUGAGAGAAACCUGAGUAAUGAUGGUCCAAUCCCUGAUAUGCCGAAUGCAAUCCAAGCCCGUGCUGAGGACAUUAAGUACCAGCAAAGGUCUGUGGCAGCGGCUCAGGACGACAUGAAGAAGCUGAGUCAGGAUCUGGACACCACGGAGCAGCUUUGCAGGUCUUUGCAGCAGGGUUACCAGCAGUACUGCCCUGAAAUCCAGCGCCAGGGAUCAGAUGUCAAGCAGCUGCAGAACCGCUAUGCUAACGUGGCCAACCAGCUGCAGGAGAGAGAGAAAAUAUUACAAGAAGCUGCAAUCAAGAACCAGGAGUACCAGAGCACAUCCACAUCUCUCAAGUCCUUCCUGGACAACAUGCCGAAAGACCAGAUGGGCUACAAUGCUAAUCUGUCUGAGGUGUCUGCCAGGCAAAGCUCCCAAGAGAGGCUGAUGGAUGAUCUGAAGAGGAAGGGAGAUGACCUGAACAGAGUGACUGACUUGUCUCAAGACCUGCAGAGUCUACUCAAUGAAUAUGAGACCAACGUUGACAAAUACAACAGUACACUUGAGGAUGCUGGAGCCACUGUUCCCAAGAAAUCCGGUAUGCCCACACUGGCUGAUGCUGUUCAGAAAGAGGGAAAGGAUCUGGUCAACCGUUAUGCUAAAGCGUCAGCUGAAAAUACCCAACGGCAAAAACAGAUGGGCUUGGCUCAGAAUCUCAUGGCACUAAAUGAAGAGAAAGUCCAACAGGUGGCACAGCAACAAGUGCAGUUUGAAAACCAGCAGAAGACUUCUUUGGAGUUAAACAGUCUGUUUAAAGAUCUGGAUGAAGAGAAGGAGAGGAAAAUUCAUGCUGAGACAGACCUGAGAAACUUUAAAGACAGGCUGAUGUCAUUGAGGAACCGCAGAGGAGUGGAGCACAUUGUGGAGACAGAAGUACUGCAGUACUUCCGGGACCCAAAGCUGGAGAGUGAUUUGGCUGAUCUGCAGAAAACUCUACAAGAGGAGACGCUGAAACAUAGCACCACCCACACUGAGGUCGAGGUGUUGAACAAGAAAAUCAACAUCCUGGAGGAAACCAUCAAAAACACUCAACCCAAACUGGUGACCAGAGAGGUGACAGAGUUUGAGAAAGAUCCUCAGUUGGACGUAGAGGCCGCCAAGAUCAGAGACGAGAUAUCAAGGAUGAAGAAUGAAAUUCGAGUGAAAGAUGGGGAGAAUAUUCAGAUGAGGACAGAAUACACGAUUCUCGAGCAGAAGCCAAAAAACAUCAAAGAGAGAGUGGUUAAGAAGGAAGUGGUGAAAGUGGAGGCGGACCCACAAAUGCUGAAAGCAGUGCAAACAUUCGAGACAGAAAUUUCUGAAGAGGGCAACAAGGUCAAGCUCAUCAAUGAUGAAAUCUUCCAGACUAGGAGCAUGAUCAAUACAAUUCAAAGACUGAUUCCUAACAUUCAGCCCAGGGUCAUCACUAAGGAAGUGAAAAAGAUUGAACAAGACCCUGAACUCAUCGCUGAAUCUAAGAGGAUUCGAACAAGCAUUGAGGAAGAGAAGCUUGAAAACAUCUCUAUAUCCAAAGAGCUGACAGAGCUCCACAAUCGCUACAAAGAUGUGCAAAGCUGGAAGCCAAGAAUCGAGACAAAGGAAAUUGUCAACGAGAUCUACCAGAUUGACCCGAACACAGAGGUGGAGAUUGUGCGGCUCCGAAGAGACAUAACGGACUGCAACAAGCAACGUUCUGAUCUGGAGAGGGAGAUCACACACGUCACGACAGAUGUGAACAUCCUUCGUGCAGAGAAACCCAAGGUGGAGAUGAAGGAGGUUCUCCAAGAAGUGAUCAAAGAGGAAAGAAGCCCUGAAAAUGAGAGGGAGAUUCGGAGGCUAAAUGAUCAGGUGAACCAUUUACACUCCACUUACAGCUCCCUCUUGGACCAGGUUAAUUUGCUCAGGAGAGAAAGAGAUGAAGUGAAGGCUGAAAAGUCCAAGAUAGAGACCAAGGUUGUCACAAGAGAUGUCAUCAGGUAUGAGUCUGAUCCUCUGCUGGAGAAAGAAGCUGACCGUUUGAGAAAAGUUGUGCGGGAGGAGGCACAGACUCGGCGCAGCAUUGAAGAGAUGGUGUUUGAUCUCCAAAACAACUACAUCCUGCUGGAGAGACAGAAGCCUGAGGAGAGAGUGGUUGUGAAGGAGGUUGUGCGUGUACAGAGGGACCCGAGGCAAAGUGUCGAGCAUGAGAAGCUCAGCAGGAGCCUGGAUGAAGAAAUAAUGACGCGGCGUCAGAUAAACCUAGAGUUGCAGCAGCUUAGAACCAAGUUGGAGGAUAAAGAGAGGAUCCUCAGAGAGAGUGAUGAGCACCAAAAGAGGGUUCAAGCCGAGUUUGAACUCCAAGAGAUCCGCUUGCGCAUCACACAGCUUGAAAAUGCCCCACCUCCUGUUGAGGAAAGUAUUAUUGUUGAGGAGGUGCUGAAGGUUGAAAGAGACCCAAGACUGGACAGGAUGACAAACGACGUUAGGUCAGACAUGGACAAGGAAACCAGCAAUAUCAUGCGUCUCCAAAGAGAAAUUAAUAACAUCACUCUAAAGCUUGAGAUCCUGCAGAAGGAGAAGUCUGGUGAGAGGAUGGUGUACAAAGAGGUUGUCCGUGUAGAGAAAGACCAGGCUGUCGAAGCCGAGAGGGAGCGCUUGAGGGAACAAGUGUCUCAGAGUAAAUUUUCCAGACAGGACCUGGAAGAUGAAAUCAGACGUCUCAACGAUAAAAUCAACUUUCUGAUGGGCAACAAAUCCAGCUCUUCACGAGAAGAGGCUACCCUCAAUUCGAACAAAGAAAGCCUACUGAGGGAGAGGGACAACCUUACUCGGGAGCUCAGGACACUCGAGGCUACAAGACAUGACAUCAGCCUGACUUUCCAGCAGCAGAGCAAGCUAGUGAGCGAAAGAACACAUAUGAGCAGGCAGAGGAGCCUGAAGAUGGAGUCUGACGUUCAGCGUCUGGAGAGGGAGAUCCUGGACGAAAAAGACAAAAUCCAUCAGCGAGACAGCACCAUCAGGGAGCUUGUGCUGAACCUGCAGAAAGAGGAGCACACCGAGACAAGGACCAAAGAGACCAAUGUCUCCACCAAAAUCACCAUUCUGGAUCCAGAUACAGGCAAAGACAUGUCCCCUUAUGAUGCCUACCUGCAGGGCCUGAUUGAUCGUCAACAGUACAUUCAUCUGCAGGAGCUGGAGUGUGACUGGGAGGAGAUUACAUCCUUGGGACCUGAUGGGGAGACAUCUCUACUGCAGGAUCGCAAGAGUGGAAAGCAGUACUCUAUCAAAGAUGCCCUGAAGGAUGGCAGGUUGACAGAGUAUGAUAUACAACAGUACAAGAAAGGCAAGCUUCCCAUCUCAGAGUUUGCCUUGCUUGUUGCCGGUGACAAAAAUAAGCAACCUAAGUUCAACUCAAUCAUCCCCAAGUCCGCCACAACGGGUAACUCUGAGCCCUCCUCUGCAAAAGAAAUCUACCCAAUCGCUGGUCUAAUAGAUACAAACACAGACACCUGCUUUACAAUACGCAGUGCCACCCUGCGUAAACUGAUUGACCCCACCACCGCCCAAAAACUUCUGGAGGCCCAGGCAUCGACAGGCGGCAUCAUUGACAUCAGCAACAAUCAGAGAUACACUCCUCACAAGGCAGCAAACAGAGGCCUCGUUGAGGAGAGUCAACUCCAGAGGCUACUCAAUGCACAGAAGGCCUUUACUGGAGUUGAAGACCCCAUGACCAGAGAGUGUUUGUCUGUGGGAGAGGCUGUUCAGAAAGGCUGGAUGCCAAAGGAAACUGCCAUUCGCUACAUGGAGGCACAGCACCUGACAGGAGGGCUGAUCAACCCCGUUACCGGCCAAAGAGUAAACCUCUUUGAUGCCCUAGGGUCCAAAAUGAUCGACAGUGGAAUGAUGAGGGAGCUGCAGGCCGACUCAACCCACACCAAAGAUAUUGUAGACCCGAUCACAAAGGAGAAGAUCAGCUACAAACAAGCUCUGGAGCGCUGUAAGAAAGACCCAGUGUCAGGUUUACCGAUGCUGCCCGCCUCCUCCAAAGAGUCUGGUUACACGUCAUCGUUCAAAAAAUAUGCAAGAUUCUAGAUGUGUUUACAACAUAGUUGCAGUUAUCUGUUCUGUGGAGUGAUAUGGUAAAACAUGCCCUACUGCAUUAUGGGAAAUCCAUACGUUAAUUACAUAGGCUACAUUUGGACUCAGGAAAAGUAUUUUGCUGUAAAGCUUUCUGUCUAGCUUAAGUGAUUGCUGCUGUAUUGCCUUUGUUUACCAAACAUGUCUUGAUGUGGGCAGAUGGAUUUUUGAUUUAAUUUAAAAACAGAGAACAUAAAUGCAGUCCAUCUUUGAUAUUAUUGUGUUAUUAAUGAUACUGGGACAUGGUGCAAUGCUAUUUACAAAGAUUUGAUUUCAUUCUGUAUUACUCAUGGGCUAUCCUUGACACUGUUGACUUUAAACUCAAUCUUGUUUGAUACUUUAUGAAGAAAGUUAUAUCAAUAAAUUUAAAUUAUAAUAGAGA